AUGGAGCUACCUCCUUGGGCCUCCUUCUUCCUCGGCAUCGUGCUGGCCAUCGCGCUCUUCCUCGUAUCCACUCUCCACCGCUGCUGCCGCCAGAACCCCUCUCGCAAGUACAACCUCCCACCAGGCCCUCGACCAUGGCCGGUGAUCGGCAACAUGAACCUGAUCGGCCCACUCCCGCACCGGUCUGUCCACGAGCUCUCCAAGCGCUACGGGCCGCUCAUGUCCCUCCGCUUCGGCUCCCUCCCCGUCGUCGUCGGCUCGUCCGUCGACAUGGCCAGGUUCUUCCUCAAGACGCACGACCUGGCGUUCAUCGACCGCCCCAGGACCGCGUCCGGCAGCGCGGCGCGGCUGAGGUCGCAAGAGCACGUCCGGGCGGCGGAGGUGCGCGCCAUGCUGCGCGAUCUGUAUGCCGCUGGGCCGGCGGCGCUGGUGCGGCUCAUGGACCACCUGUUCCAGCUGACCAUCAACGUGAUCUCGCUCAUGGUGCUGGGCAAGAAGCACGCCGUCGGCGUCGACGGCGACGGUAGCUGGCUGGAUCCGCAUGGGCACGUCAGGAGGUUGAAGAGGCUUAGGGAGAUGUUCGACCAUUUCCUGGACAAUGUUGUGGACGAGCACAGCGAGCGGCGGUGGCGAGAGGGCGAGGAGUUCGUCGCCGCGGACGCGGUUGACCUGCUGCUGGAGCUCGCCGACGACCCCAACCUCGAGGUCCCGAUCCAGCGAGAUGGCGUCAAGGCAUUCACGCUGAACCUCCUCGUUGGAUUGCCGGACACGACGUCGGUGACCGUCGAGUGGGCUAUGUCGGAGCUCCUGAGGAACCCCGACGCGCUCGCGUCGGCCACCGAGGAGCUGGACCGCGUCGUCGGCCGUGAGCGCCUCGUUGUCACGGAGGGGGACAUCCCGAGCCUCCCGUACAUGGAGGCCGUCGUGAAGGAGACGAUGCGGCUGCACCCGGUGUCGCCCAUGCUGGCGCCCCGGCUGUCGCGCGAGGACGUUUCCGUGGGCGGGCACGACGUUCCGGCGGGCACGCUGGUGUUCGUGAACGUCUGGGCCAUCGCCCGCGACCCCGCCGUGUGGGGUCGGACCGCCGGUGAGUUCCUGCCGGAGCAGUUCGUCGCGAGCGGCGUGGACGUGAUGGGGCACGACCUGGAGCUGCUGCCCUUCGGGUCCGGCCGUCGGAUGUGCCCCGGCGUCUCGCUCGGGCUGAGGAUGGUGCAGGUGGUGCUGGCCAACCUGCUGCACGGCUACGCGUGGAAGCUCCCAGAUGGCGUCUCCAGGGAGGAGCUGAGCAUGGAGGAGACGUUCGGGCUGUCCAUGCCGCGCAUGGUCCGGCUCGACGCUGUCGCGGAGCCCAGGCUGCCGGGUGCCGGCGCACCUUGUACAGGCAUGUGA